AUGAGUCUCCCUCAAGAUGUCGAGUUUAGUCCAGCUAGGACCACCCUUCAUUGGGCCCAAAGCGACUAUGAUUAUGAUCAAGUUCAGUAUGCCGACUUUAGCCAAAUACAGGAAGCCAAAUAUGGAGAUGUGAAAUACCUCCAAGUAUCCGAAAGUGAGAUGGACGAUCAAGAGAUUGAGGGCAAUGGCGAGUUCACCCACCAGCAUAAUCCCAGGGACUCGAUAGCGUCUCUCACCAACUCAGAGCCAUCAUCAGCCCCCCUCUCAAAGAACGCCAAGAAGAACAAGAAGAAGGCAGCGAAGAAGAAGGCAGCCAAGGAGGCCGAGAAGGAAGCCGAGAAAGAAGCCGAGCCACAACCCGAAGCCGAAACUGUGCCGACACCAGCCGCGGAGCCGACGCCGGAGCCGACAACGGAGGCCAAGGAGGAAGCCGAGGGAGAGGCUUCGGCCGCCAAGAAGAAGAACAAGAAGAAAAAGAAGAAGAACAAGAGCAGCGUCGACUCGACACCUGCUACAUCUUCUGACUCUCUUGCCCCCGCUGCCGCCGAGCCAACAUCAGAAGCCCCUGCGACUGAAGAGCAACCCAAGGUUAAGGAGGUCAAGGAACGCAGUCUCGAGGCCCCUGCUGCUGAGAGCAAGCAGAAUGAGGAGCCCAGGGCUGAGGAGAAGGUUGAGGAAACCAGUGCCCCUGCUGCUGCUGCUGAGCCAACGCCUGUCGCCGAGGUGACCGAGACCAAGGAGACUGAAGCUCCCGCUGCUGAGGUCGCCACACCCGAGGGGAAGGAGGAGGAAAAGCCCACAGAAGAUGCUGCUCCCGCCCCUGAAGCUGCUGCUCCAGUAGAGAAGGUCGAAGAUGCUGCGUCCUCAACGCCCGCCCCUGAGCCAGAAGCUGCCGAGGAGGCUGCCCCCACAUCUGCUGUUGACCCCACGCCAGCAGAGGCUGCCGCUGAGGUGAAGGAGGAGCCAGCUGCCGAGCCCAAGUCUGAGGACAUCGCAGAGGCGCCUGCUGCCGAGACAGUGGUCGAAGCCGAAAAGUCCUUCGCUGAGGUUGCGGCCCCAGAUGCUACUGAGGGUGCUGCCCCCGUUGUCAUUGAUCUCAAGUCUGAGCCUGAGGUUGAGAAGCCUCAAGAGGAGACCAAGGAGGUUGAGGCGCCCAAGGUUGAGGAGCCAGCUAAGGAGGCUGAGAAGACCGAGCAGGAAUCCGCCCCUGUUGCCGACGCCACCCUAGAGCCUACGCCUGUUGAGCAGUCAACACCUGCUAAGGAGGUCAAGCCUGCUGAGUCUGAGAAGACUGCCGAGCCAGAGGUUGAGCCUACUCCUGAGACCAAGGAGGAACCCGCCACUCAAGCUAAGGAGGAGCCAGUUGCCGAACCAGUCCCUGGGGCCAAGGAGGAGCCUGCUGUCGCUGAGCCAGUUGCUGAAGCGAAGGAGGAACCUACUGUCGCCGAGCUUGUCACAGAGUCCAAGGAUGAACCAGUUGCCGAGGGCGUCAAGGAACAGACUGCUGUUGAGACCAAGGAGGAGGCCACCCAUGACGUCAAGGAGGAGGUUGCACCCGAGACCGAGGUCAAGGCUGAGGCUGCUCCCGAGGUGAUGGAGGAGCCCGCUUCCGAAGUCAAGGAGGAAGCUGCUGCAACUGCCCCUGAAGUUAAGGGGGAGGAUACCCCCGAGAUCAAGACUGAAGAGGCUGAGGUCAAGACUGAGGAUAUCCCUGAGGCGAAGGAGGAAGCCGCUCCAGAGGUCAAGGAGGAGGCUGCCGCUGAGGUUAAGGACGAGACUCCCGAGGUCAAGGAAGAGGCUGUCGAAAUCAAGAUUGAGGAGGCUGAUGUCAAGAUUGCGGCCAUUCCCGAGGCGAAGGAGGAGGCUGCUCCUGAUGCUAAUGAGGAGGCCACUCCCAAGGCUGCCGUUGAGGCCACCCUUGAAGUCAAGGAGGAGACUGCCACAGAGACCAAGGAAGAGGCUGUUGUGGAGUCUACUGCUGAGGUCAAGGAGGAGCCCGUCGUCGACGCCCCCACCGAGGCCAAGGACGAAGCUCCUGUUGAGGCUGUGCCUGAAGCCAAGGAGGAUGUUGCUGCUGAGACCAAGGAGCAGUCCACCUCUGAAGAGAAAGACGAGCCUGUUGCUGAGAUUGAACAACCUGCCACUGAGACCAAGGAAGAGGCCGCCCCUGAGGCUAAGACUGAGGCUGUCCCAGAAGUCACGGAUGCCGUACCCGAGACCAAGGACGACGCUGCUCCCGAAGCCAAGGAGGAAGCUGUUGCUGAGCCCAAGACCGAGGUGGUCGAGGAGCCCAAGGAUGAGCCUGCUGCAGAGAUAACUGUGGAGGACAAGGAUGUGUCUUACGCCGAAGUUGCCGCUGCUGAGCCCGCCGGCGAGGCCAAGGAGGCUACUCCUGAGACCAAGGAGGAGACUGUCCCUGAGACCGAGGAGGAGCCAGCUGUCGAAGCCAAGCAAGAGCCUGCUCCCGAGACCAAGGAUGAGCCCGCUGCUGAGGUAAAGGAGGAUACGACCACUGAGACAGUUGCUGAGUCCAAAGAUGAGCCAGUGGCUGAGGUCAAGGAGACUGCCCCUGAGCCUGCCGUUGAGGCCAAGGAGGAGCCAGUACCCGAGACCAAGGAGGAGUCUAUUCCCGAACCUGCUGUUGAAGCUAAAGAGGAUGCCCCAGAGCCAGCCCCUAAGACUAAGGAGUCUGCUCCUGAGGCCCCGGUUGCUGAAAUCAAGGAGGAGCCUGCCGUUGAAACCAAGGAGGAACCUGCCGUUGAGGCUAAGGAUGAGUCAGCGGUUGAGACCAAGGAGGAGUCUUAUGCUGAAGUCGCCGCGGCUGCUGUCGAGACCAAGGAGGAAACCGCCACCGAGACAAAGGAUGAGCCCGCGGUCGAAGCCACGGAGGCUCAGGUUGAGGAGUCUGCUCCUGAGCCCGUUGUUGAGGCCAAGGAGGAGCUCACCCCAGCGCCAGUAGAGGAGGCGAAGAUUGUACCUGCCGCUGAGCCUUCUUCUGAGGUGAAGGAAGAAGCUGAGCCAACUUCCGUCGAGGACUCCAAGCAGGAGGAGCCCGAGGUCAAGGAACCUGUCGCCGAGAACAAGGAGGAGUCCUACGCUGAGGUCGCCGCCGCUCCCGCUCCGGAGGAGACAGUCAAGGAGGAGAAGCCCGCAGUUGAUUGUAGGGAAUCUGCCGCCAAGGAAGAUGCGCCAGUCACUGAGGACAAGCCCGAGCCCGAGACUGCUGAGGAGCCUGCCAAGCCCGAGGAGGCCAAAGAGGGGGUCGCUGCUGAGCCUGCUGUCGAGAAGACUGCUGAGCCUGCUGCCGAGCCUGCUGAGGAGACUGUCGUCGAGUCUACUCCUGAGAAGGUCGCCGAACCCGCUGAGAAGUCUGCUGAGCCGGUUGCUGAGAAGGUUGUCGAACCAGUUGGUGAGAAGGUUACCGAAGCUGCUGAUGAGCAUGUCGCCGAGCCUGUCGCCGAGAAGGCUGCCGAGUCUACUGACGAGACCGUUGCCGAGCUCAAGGAGCAGGUUGGUGUUGCCGGGACUGUUACUGCUGUUGCCGGAACUGUUGCUGCCGCCACCGAGAUUGUUGCUGAGGCUGCCACUUCUGUAGCCGACACUGUUGCUGCGACUUUUUCUGAGCCAGCUGAUAAGGCUGCCGAAGAAGCUGACAAGUCGACUCCAGUUGAGGAGAAGACCGAGGAAGAGCCGGCCGCUGUUCAAGCUGAGAGUGGUUCCGUUGCUGAGCCUGUUCCAGCUGUCGAAGAAUCUGCCAAGGCUGCCGAGACCGUUGAGGAGAAGGCCGCUCCCGUCGAGGAGGCCCCGGAGACUACCCCUGAGCCUGCAGCUGAAAUCAAGCCUGAGACUGAAACCGAAGUUGCUGCCCCCGCCUCUACUGAGGAGGUUGACAGCACCCCAGCUUCUGUCGACAGGGCUAUUGUCGAGGAGACUCCUGCACCUGUCGAAGAGGUCGCCAAGGUCGAGCCUACUGAAGAGAUCAAGCCUGCCUCAACCGAGGACGCCAAGGUUGAAAUCGCUGAGGAGACCAAGCCUGAGGAGAUCAAGAUCGGAAUUGUCGAAGAGGCUCAGCCUGAGGUUGCCGAGACCGCCACUGAAGCUGUCGAGGAGACCAAGGUUCCCGCACCUGUGGAGGAGGCCAAGGCCGAGUCCGCUGAGGAGACCAAGACUCCCGAGCCUGUCGAGGAGGCCAAGCCUGCGCCAGUAGAAGAGUUCAAGGCUGAAACUGUCGAAAACGUCAAGACUGAAGCUGCUGAAGCGCCCAAGGCUGAUCCAGUCGAGGAACUCAACGCUGUUGAGCCGGUUGAGCAAGUUAUCGCCCCAGCUGCUGAGAGUGUCGAGGCACCCAAGGAAGAGUCCCAGCCUGAGCCAGUGGUCGAGAGACCCCUUGUCGUCGAAGCUCCCGUCGAAGCUCCCAAGGUGGUUGCCGCUGAACCCGUGGUCGAGGCGCCUAUCGAAGCACCCAAGGAGGUCGUUGCUGAGCCCGUUGUCGCGGCGGCCAGAUCCCUUCCCGAGACUGUCGAGAAGGUUGAGCAGGAGGAGAGUAAGGACACCGUUGGGCCAAUUCCCAGCGAGAACAAGGAUGAGAAGGCUUCAGGUGAGGAACACCCAAUCCCAGUAUUGCUUGAUACUCCCGGUGGCUUGGCAGGAGAGGAGAUUUCAGAAUGCAUUUCGGAGCCAAAGGACAUGGACACGGACUUGCAACAAUCGGAUACCCAUGAUACCCCCAUUACCCAUGAUACCCAUGAUACCCAGGACGCGAGUGCGGCUAUUUCUUCUGUUGACAACAAUGAUACCCUUGACACACCUAAUAUCGAUAAUACCCCUGGCGAGGAGGAGGUCGUCCCGGUGACGACCAAUGAGACAGAAGUCACGGUGGACGACAAGGAGGCUGUCAAGACAGUGGAAGAGGACAAGUCUGAUGUCACUCCAUCGGACGAGAAUCUUGCGGCGGCGGAGUCCAAGGAACCGGCGUCUUCCAUCCAGGAGCCCGAGGCCAAGGACGACAAACCAGAGACUGAGGCAGCCCCCGAACCUGAAAUCGCCCACGCGGAGACGGCGCCAGUCGUCGAGGCCGAACCAGUUGUGGAGAGCACCCAGAUCGAAGAGCCCACCUUGCCAGAGGUGAAGACACCAUUCGCUGACGUUGAAGAAGCUCUGGAAGAACCCCCCUCUAGGACCAAGGAGCCCACUGAAGACUCCUCUCCUGUCGUCACUGAUGAUGCUAGCAUUACUGUGGAGGAAGCCACUCAGCAGUCUGAGGAGGAGAAGGAGCAGCCCAUCAUCGAACAGUCUAGCACCGAAACCCCUGCCGUUCAAGAAUCCGUCGAUGUCACCAGCACCCCAGAAGUUGAGAAGUCGGUGGUUGAGGAAGUUGCUGUUCCGGAGAAGGAGGAGGUUGCUCCCGAAGUCGAGUCUGUGGAGAAGACUGAGGAGGUUGAGCCGGUUGAAGUCUCAGAUGCCAAGGUCGCCCAGUCUGUCGACGAUGCUCAAGCCGUAAACGACAAGUCCGAUAGCCCAGUUGCUGCUAUUGCGGUUGCUGCCGGCAUUGCUUCUGCUGCUGCUAUCGCCGCUACCGCCGCCUCAAUCGAGGAGCCUGCCGCUGGCGAGAAGGCUGUUGUUGAUGAGCCUGAAGUAUCCGAGAAAACUGAGGAGCCGAUCAAAGUUGACGAGCCUGUUGCUGUUGCCGAUAAGUCUGUUAUUGCCGAUAAACCUGCCACCACCGAGGAGAUUGUCAUUGCCGCUGCCGAAGAGCCUAUCGAGACUGACAAGCCCACUAGUGUCAGCGAAUCACGCAGCAUUGACGAGCCGCCCGUCUCUGUCGAGGAACAUGUUGAUGCUGAGCACGUCGUUCCUGCUGCUGCUGUUCCUUCGGAGAUCUCAGCCAGGUCUGUGGAGUCAGCUAUUGACACCGCUUCAGUCGUGGCUGAGAACGAGGCGCCCGUAGUCGUCCCGGCCCAGGAACCGGAGCAAAUCUCUGACGCUGCUUCUGAGGACUUUGUCCUGAUUGAAGCAGAAUCCAUCCCCAAGGAGGCAACUGAAGAAGAAGCGGUUCUCAUCGACCAAUCCAUUGCCUCGCUCAAGCAGGUCGCCAGUGAAGUCGAAACAGAAGCCCUUGCAGCAGCUGUUGAGGAGAAGUCCGUCAACGAGACGGUUGUGGAGCCUGCCGUCGAAGUGACUGCCCAACACGCCGCCGAACCCGAUGUUGAGUCUAGGACCAAGCCUGACGCCCCUAAGGAGGUGUCUGUGUCAGACUUUGCCAUUCCUGUGGCUGCUGCCGCCGGAGCUGCUGCUUUCGGGGUUGCCGCCGGUGAAGCGACCAAGGAGGAAGCUCCAGUCACCGAACGCUCGCUCCCCAAGUCUUUGGCCCAGGUUGAGCGUGAUGACGUAGUUUUGGACUACGAUCCUAGAGAUACCAAUCUCUCAUUCGGCACACAGACAACUUACCCACUACCUACUGACACAUCUUUUACCUUGCCGACUGACACAACCUACACAUUGCCAACUGACACAUCGUUCUCGCUGCCUACCGAGAAGACUGCUUCCGAGUCUCUUUCCAGGGGUCUUGCCUCGACUGAGGAGUCGAAAAAAGAAGAAACCUCUGAAGGCAAGUCUUUUGCUAAGGAACUCGCCCUUGGUGCAGGCGUUGUAGGUGCUUUGGGUGCUGCCACCGCCGUGGCUGCCCACACAGCUUCGGAUAAAGAGUCUAGUGAUGCGGUGAAGCGCCUGGAGGCGUAUGCCGCCAUUUUCGAUAACGAACCCAAGGACAAGGUCUCCAGCCGCUCUCUUCCCCAAGAUGGCGCCAAGAACACGACAAUCGAGUCUUCUGAGGCUGUGAGCGAGACGGUUCCGCUCACUGAAUCUUUCCACAUGGUGGACAAGAAGGACGGCCAAGAGGUGGCGAGGGGUGGUGAAGAGGCGAAGAGUGAUGGUGAGGACAUUGUUGCCGCGCGGCCUGCUAUUAUUGCUGUUACUUCUGCUGGUCCCAAGGAAACGAUAACUGACGAUGCCGUUCUUACCACUCAAAGGUCAACAAUUCCAGGAUCCCGAGGACCCGAUGAAACCCAAGGAGAAGAAGUCAUUGUUGACUUCCGUGUACCCACCCCUGCUCUUAUUCUUCCUGACCUCAAUGACCCUGUGGCUCGCGAGUUAGGCCGGAUGCGCAGUUUACGCCGGCAGCGCAGAAACACGAUCAAGCAGGCGGAAGAGAUGGUGGCAGCCGCCGUCGUCUUGUACGCCACAGCCGAUAUUCUCAGCCCGCCAGGAAGUCCGACAACCGAGAAUCCAGGAGCCGAUGUCCUUGGUCUAACCGAAAUGCAUUCUGACGUGAAGGGGAAAGGAAAGGAAGUGCAAGUGUUUACCGAUGGAGAAAGAGGGAGGCGCAGAUCGAGGGACGAGCAAGAAGUUUCUGCUCUCGUGACUGACCUCUCAGCAGACAAAGACAGGUCGAGGACUGAUGAAGGCAGACGAAGACGCCGUAGCCAUCACUCGAGCCGCUCUUACCGUGAUCUUGAAAGCCGUGAUCGUGACCUUGGUGAUGCUCACGACUAUCGAGAUCUCAGCAAGGACGGCUCGCGGCACUCUUAUUCUCGCCGCCACCGAUCCGAGAGCUACAAUUCGUCUCGCUCUCUUGGCGCUGAUGAGCGCCCUCGCACUCCUCCCGCACAAGACAAAGACAGCAGUUAUCCUCCUGAACACCGAAGCCCUCGCAAGCAACGCACCCCCGAGGAGCAGGCUGCUCACGACAAGCGAAAGGAGGAGCGCCGCCGUCUCCGUGAACUCGAGAGGGCCAGGGAGGAGAUACCAGCUUCUCCCACCUCGCCAACCAAAGAAGAGCGCGUCAAGGAGAGAUCAGCACCACGUCAACGAUCUGAGCGUGAUCUUUCCGAACGUGAUCGUUCUGAUCGUGACCGUGCUGAACGCUCUGAGCACCGCCGUCGUCGUCAUAGUCACAGCCGCGCCAGCGUGGAGUUUGAUGUGCCAUCUUCCAGCAGGAAGACGGAGCCCGUCUUGAACUCCAGAGAAGGGGUGCCCAUGCCACCUUCAGCUUCCAGGACAUUCCCACCCGAACUCAAGCGCUCCAGCACUGGUCGCAGCUCCAGGGCUCGCAGGUCCGAGAGAUCAGAGCGGUCAGAGAGGUCUGAUGACCGGCUGGCUCGUGACGACGAUUAUCGACCCAGCAGCCGAGAGCACCGCGAACAUCGCGAGCCUAGAGUACGCAGGUCCGAGGAUCGGAUUGUUCGUGAUGAGGAGGUCCCCCGGCCAAGAAGCAGCAAGAGAUCAACAGCCAAUGUGCUUGAUACUAAAGAUUCGGCCGCCUCUGUCGGCGAUGCUUCCAUCGGCAAGGGUGCCGCCUCGAUCAGCAGCACUGGCGAGCACGAGUCAGCGUCUCACCGGGCAAAGAGGCAGGAGAAGCGCGAGAAGGUGCGGGAGAGCGAAACCAAAGAGAAGGGCGGUAUUCGUGGUGCUUUCAAGCGUCUUUUCACGAGAGGUUAA